AUGUCCCCCCCUCGCCCCCCGCCGCCGCUGACACCCGCCCCGACCCUGUCACACCCGUAUCGUAACGGUAAUAUCAAUUGCAGGUUAGGAUGCCGAUCAUUUUGGGGCACGGUUAAUAACUAUCAUUAUGCGACACCUCACUCGUACACUAGUGUCUGUUCCGCGGAAGGACGCUCCGCCACACAGUUCAGAAGCCCGUUUACCUUGAGUGACACGUGCGUGUCUCAGUAA